AUGGGCGAUUCCUUGUUUUCAAUUUUGGUUGAUGAGUCUCGUGAUAAUUCUAUAAAAGAACAAAUAGCAGUAGUUUUGAGGUUUGUUGACAAAAGUGGACAAGUGAAGGAGCGUUUGUUGGGCAUUUGCCACAUCGCUGAUACUUGUGCCCAAUCACUCAAGGAUGUCAUUGAUGCAAUGUUUUCUACACAUGGGUUGAGCAUAUCUAGUCUGAGAGGUCAAGGUUAUGAUGGAGCAAGCAAUAUGUCAGGUGAGUUUAAUGGCUUAAAAGCUUUAAUUUUAAGAGAGAACCCAUAUGCUAUGUAUAUUCAUUGCUUUGCUCACCAGCUUCAGUUGGCUGUUGUUUCUGUGGCACAUAGGAAUGUUAUGCUUAGUGAUUUAUUUAACAUGCUUGCUAUUAUUGUGAAUUUGGUUGGUGCAUCAUGUAAAUGUGUAGAUGCUCUUCGAACAAGUUAUCAUAUUGAAAUUCUGGAGAGGCUUAAUAUUGAGGAACUUUCUGGUGGAACUGGUCAGUUUCAAGAAAUGAGUUUGGCAUGUCCAGGUGAUACUAGAUGGGGCUCACAUCUAAAGACAAUUACUCGCUUUAUUAGUAUGUUUAAUGCAAUCAUAGAUGUUCUUGAGAAUAUAUCAGAAGAUGGCAUAAGUUUACAACAAAAAUCAAUGGCCAUUAGACAGAUGGACACUAUGCAAGAUUUUCAAUUUGUACGAUCUUUCACAAGCCUAACAGAAAAAGGAACAGGAUAUUCAGAAUGCUAUGAGAUUAUUGAAGUUGUACAUAUUUCAAUGCCCAAUAUGAAUGAUAUUGUAGUAUCGAAAGGUCGACCUAGGCGUGCAAAUUCAAUCUUGCAAGAGUUGAAUGAUCGUUUUCCAGAAACAACUAUUGAGCUUUUUACUUGCAUUUUGUGUUUAAGUCCAAGAGAUUCAUUUGCAGCUUUUUAUGUAUGUAAAUUGGUACGACUUGCUCAGUUAUAUCCUAUGGAUUUCAAUAGUAAAGAGAUUUUAUUACUUAGACCUCAACUUGACAAGUUUCUUAUGCUCGUGAGAAUGGAUGAAACUUUCUUCAACCUCAAAAGCAUAUCUUGUGUAGCUCAGAAGUUGGUUGAAACUAGAAGUUCUUGUUAUUUUCCAUUGGUUUAUAGGCUGAUCACAUUAGUUUUGAUAUUACCUGUGGCAACUGCAAGUGUUGAAAGGGUGUUAUCUGCUAUGAAUUUAAUCAAGAAUGAUCUGCACAACAAAAUGGGAGAUGAAUUGUUGAAUGACAAUUUGGUAGUUUACAUGGAGAGAGAUCUUUUUAUGAAACUUGAGAAUGAGACAAUAUUGCAACGUUUUCAAAAUAUGCGACCUCGUAGAAUUCAAUUGUCUAAGCUUGUAAUUUCAGAGUAA